AUGAUGCCGAACGCCAUGGUCGGCGCGUGCAAGGAGCUGAAUCACCGCUACUCGACUGGCGUCUUCAAAAUCUCGCACCGCAAGCUCAAUCUGCUGAGCCGGCAGAUCGCGGGCAAGCCGAUCGACUACGCCAUCCUCCAGAUGCAGUUCAGCGAGAAGCGUGCUAGCAGCCGUGUCAAGAACAUGCUCAUGACUGCGAGGGACCACGCUGUGCGCUACAAGAACCUUGACGCUGCCAAGCUCAUCGUUUCCGAGAGCUGGGUGAACAAGGGCGAAACCGAGCCUGCACGCGUCGAGCCCCGUGGUCGUGCUCACUUCGGUAUCCGGCGACACAAGAAGUCGCGGAUGUGCGUCGUCCUGAAGCAGGGCAAGACCCUCGAGGAGGAGAAGGCUGCGGAGAGGAAGCGCAAGCUGAAGAGGAUAGUCUCCGCCGCUGCGACCCGCGAGGACGUCCCUAUACGGAAUCCGGGCGCUGCCUGGGCCUGGUAA